AGGUGGUAGAUCUGCCAACUUACCUCCACUCACAUGUAUAGAGGAGAGAAUGGUGGCUAUUCUUGGUGGCAGGGGUUUUGCAGAAGGGGACUCUCAGUUUAGUGUUCCAAUACUACCAUCUCAGGACCAACCAUCAACCAGCCAGCCAUUGCCAGCCAGUGUAACAUCAACACCACUAGGACAACAGGAAGAUUCUAUCGUCUUACCUCUACCGGGAACUCCAGCCCACUCUCCACCUUUAGCCUCUAUGCAAUCUACCCCGAGAAGAAGCCCUCGAAUUCGAGCCAGGUUGAGUCGUCAAGCUGCCAGAACAACAGGAGAGCGAGGUAGGCGAUCUCAACUUCAAGUUGAAAGAGAUCGCCUUGUUUCCAUUGAAGAGAAGCGGGUCAAGGCAGAGCUUCUUCAGGCUAGAGCAUUGCAAGAGAAUAUGGCGGGACUUGCUGCAGCUUGCAAUAAUAUAGCUGAAGCCAUAUCAAUAUUUGGGGAAAGACUGGUUAAUGUUGUAGAAACUUUUAUGCAAUCACAUUAAAGUUUCUACAAUUAAACGUAAAAGUAAAGUAGUUUUUGGAUUUAUGGAUAUGGAUGGUAUUGCUGUUUAUUUGUUGUUUUUCUUUUUUAUUCCAUGUUAUAACUAGUAGAUUACAUUAGUAUUAUUUGACAAAUACCAAUGUUAACAGAAAUACUUUGUAAUGUGUACCAUAUUUUUA